ACCCAGAGCUCCGACUGCACGGCGCACAGGGCUUCGCUCCAGCGAAUAGAUUUGCAGCGUUUCGAGAGCCCUGCCUCUUAUCUGCACAGCCUGCCAGGCCCUCCAUCUCGUCCGUUUGCGCUCGACAACGACUCGCGACCGAACGGCCGCAUCGCCUUCAUUGCGCAGAGCAGCCCUUGCCAUCUUAUCGUCAACCGACAUUUUAAUAUUCUCCAUACGGGCCAGCAAGUGUUACGUCCUAUACAGGAGACCCAGAUACAAAAAACCCAGUGCGCUUCCACUCCCUCCAACCCAGCAAACGGCAUUUACAAUCCAACAUGGGCAAGCGCAAGAGCUCCAGCAAGCCGCAGGCGAAGAAGAAGAGAGACCCUCUCCCGACAUCCUUCACUUGUCUCUUUUGCAACCAUGAGAAGUCGGUUGACGUCAAGCUCGAUAAGAAGCUGGGCAUAGGCCAACUGGAGUGCAAGAUCUGCGGCCAGAGAUUCCAAUGUGGCAUCAACUAUCUAUCCGCCGCAGUGGAUGUAUACGGGGAGUGGGUUGAUGCCGCCGAUGCCGUCGCGCAAGGUGCCAACCCCGAUUCCCGAGGCGCCGGCGCCAGCUCCAGCCGCCCCAAGCCAGCGGCGAGCAAGUACGUAGACGACGAUGGCGACGACAGGAACAGAUAUACGGGAGAUGGCAUCGUGGCCGAUGAUGACGAGUACGACUGAGGAAUCACGCGCGCCCUCUUUGCCUCCCCUUGCUAUCAUGGGGGGCUGCCGACUCGAAGCGAGCUACACUGGGUUGAGAAGAUGGCGACUCACACCACACGCUUCCCGCGCAAACGAUCAAUCUACAGCCGCCCACAUACACUGCCCGUUUCGUCCUCGUCAAGCGUGCAACGGUAAUUAAGGAUUGGUUGACAGCUACUGCUGGACGAGACGGGUCUCGCCUUUGGAAAGGAAGGGCGGAUGCCACCCGGUGACGCCAGGAUUCUCCUCCGUCACAUUGUAUAAAACCUGUCGCCAAAGUCGCCGAGGCCAGGGAUGAUAUAGCUGCAGCGGUAGAGUGGGGGGUUCCCGUCAGUUUUGCAUUUCUAGCGUUGCGUGCUACAGCGGCCGACGGGAGCGGGACGGGGGUGUUUGAGGCAACGAAGGGGACGACGGACUUUUUCUCGUCCAGCCCCUGGUCAACAAAGGCCGUCACAACCCUGACGCUGGGGAACUUGGUCGCAAAGUUCUCGAUGCCCUCGGGGCUCGCAAUCAGAUUCAAAAAUAGAAUCCUCUCCUCAGGGACGCCGCGGGACUUGAGAACGUCGACAGCCAUUAUCGCGGAGCCGCCUAAACAAGUGUUUCCCUCGCCGUGUGAGCCGAGUUUGCUCCGGGUGCCCGCCGAUGCCUGCCUGAGAUCUACGCUCCAGGCGAGAGGGGGAGGGGGUGUUUGAUGUGGACCGACCUGUAGCGAACAUGGGGUCCAGAAGCAGCACCCAUCGGCUCGCAAUGUCUUCGGGGAGCUUGUCGUAGAAGAGCUUGGGCGUGGCCGUCUCCUCGUCGCGCUGGAUGAGGAUCUUGCCGAUCCUAACGGAGCGGCAACAGUCCCGGAGGCCCUGCUCCAUGGCCUCGCCGGCCCUCAUGAUGGAGACGCCACAGAUCUUACCCUGGAACAUGAGGCCGGCGUAGGAGCGACCGACGGGGGUGGUGACGGUGUGCUCGACCGUGGGCAGGUGGUUUAGGCCCUCCUCCACAAGCAGACGAAUAAUCCUGUUUGAGUAGAAGAUGAAGUCUCCUCGGUCCGUCUUCUUAUCGCGGAUGAUGCUGUAUUUCCUCUCACCCGGCCCUCCCCGUCUCCCGCGUCAGCAUCCAGCUCCUUGCAGCAGCCGGGACGGGACCGAGAAAAGGGGAAACGACGCACGUGAGCAGGGCGAUGAGCUGCGGGGUCUGCGGUAGGAUGGUGACAUUCUCGAAUUUGACGCCCGUCGACACGGUGGCCGUCGGCUUCUGGCUUUCCGGCUGGUAGCCGGGUCCUACACACUGCGUGGGCGGCUCGGCUGGCGGCAUGGUGGUGGGCUGGGCGCGCUGCGGAUAGGAGCACAGGGAAGCGGGAAGCAGUCUGGCGGGAGAAGGAAGAAAAAGGCGGGAGUACUAUCCAGGUUGAACUGUGCGGGGUGGAGAAUGGAGCGGAUAUAAUAAUAGGAAUGGGAAUACUGUAGAAGAAUGGGCCUCGUGAUGCAAAGAGGGAACGGACUUGGUCGAUGGGCACAAAAGAAGACUACAGAUCGGAAGGCACGCGACAGGGCGGCUGGUCUACAAAGCUGAGAGCUUGAAUUUAUUUCCCU